AUGGACGAAGUUGCGGAUGUGCCCUACGAAGGAGUCAUUGGCUGGCUCCUCUGCCGCAGAAUGCUGCCUGAAGACUAUCACGUGCGGCUGAAGGGUGCGCUGCUGCAGCAAGCGCAGCCGCAAAAGCGCAUGCAGCAGCAGCAGCAGCAGCAGCAGCAGCAGCAGCUUGAACUGCCGCAGUGUCUUUGCUUCUGCGCCGCAGGCAUGACAGCGCACAUAAACCUGGCACUCGAGAAGCCCCCCGAAAGCCCAGAGGCCUGUCGAUUCAUCAAAGAAAGAAAAGAAUGCCAUUUCGGAUAUAAAGAAAUAAACUCAUUGGUAGAGAUCCUUCAGAAGGAGGGGGCGACCGAGGGAAUCCUCGCGAAAGCCUUCGGCUCUGCCGUGUACAGACAGUGGCGCCGCCUGCAGCGAACCUUCCAGCAGCAAAAUUUGCACUUGGCGGACAUUUCUCGAGCCCUCGCCAGGGCUGCCAACGUCCUCGUGCCCGCGCAGCAGAAAACGCUGCAGCAGAAGCAAAGAAUGCUGGCGGACAGCGAGAAGAAGGAGCAGCAGCUGCAGCAAGCAGCAGCAGCUGCGGAAGAAGUGUACAGGCAGCUGUGCACGAAGUAUGGCAUUGAAGAAGCAGCAGCAGCAGAUCCGCUGCUGCUGCAGAAGCAGCUCCAGGUGUACGUACACCGCAAGCUGCCCGUGCGGCUGCAGCAAGCGCAGCAGCUGCUGCAGCUGCAGGGCGAGCAGCUGCUUUCCUUUUAUCAUUCUUUUGCUGCUUAUGCAACUUCGGGGGCCCUUUCCAAGGAGGGGGAGGCCCCCCUGCUGCCGCUGCUGAGGCUGGUUGCUGCAGAGGGCAACAUGGCGGUGGCAGCAGCAGCAGCAGCAGCGCCGGAGAUCGCCCUGCUGCAGCAGCAGCUGCAGCAGCAGCAGCAGCAGCAAGACGCACAGUCCGCAGUGCAAAUCGAAAUUCAGCAGCAGGGAGAGGAAGGGGCCCCCCAAGAAGGGGCCCCUGCAGCAGACACGCGGGACUGGAUUGUUGAGGAGGGAAUAGAGGACAGCAGCAGCAGCAGCAGCAGCAGCAGCAGCAGUAUUAAAGAUACGCUUCUGGGCAAUGACACGAUUAGGCGGCAGCUGCUGCUGGAGCUCAUGGAGCUGCGGGGCUUCCUCUACAGCCGCGUGCUGCAGUCUGCUGCAGCAACAAACAGCAGCAAAAACAAACAGCAGCAGCAGCAGCAGCAGAACUGGCAAGAAACCACCUCUCUCCCCAGUGAGCUCCAGAGGAAAAAAGAGGAGCUGCUGGGGUACCAGGACUGCGUGGAGCAGCUGCAAGAGCUGCUGGGAGGUGCUGAGACACUGCAGCUGCUGCAGCUGCUGCAUAACCAGGCGGCACUAGACUCGUUAUCGAAUGAGGUUGCUGCUGCUCGGGCGGCUUGUCAGAAGCCCCUCAGUGCUGCCAAGGAGCAGCAGAGGAAGCAAGCGACGCUUAAGAGCGAAGUGGCAGCAGCAACUGCAGCACUCGAGAAGCAGCGGCGAGAGCUGCAGCAGCUGCAGGAGCUGCUGCAGCAGCAAAUGGCAACAGCAAUUUGCAGAAAAGUGCGGAUAACGGGCAUACCGAGAGAGCGGUUGCCGUGA